AUGUGCAAAUCCAAGAAGAGCACCACUGCGGUACAACCCCGAACCAGAAGAAAUACCAACGACACCAACACAAACAUGGCCAAUUCCCCUCGUCCGCACCGAACGCGAACCCUAACAUCGCCGUCGUCGAACUACGAUACCUCCACCAGCGAUGUCCCAAUCACAGAAUCAAGAAGCUACGUAUUCGAAAACAACAACAACGACUUAUUCGAGUGGUCAAAAACCUCGUCCAUAUCAAGCCGCGCCUCUCUCUCAAGCCUCAAAGACACGCUCCCUGAAAACCCUAACAUCUACCACUUCUCCGAGAUCUCCGCCGCCACUGCCAACUUCUCCGCCCCACGCCUCUCUUCCUCCUCCUGGCGCUGUCUAAUUCGCCACCGCGAUGUUGUUGUCUCUCGCCGCAACUUCCGCCAACAAAUCGACCUCCCGGAGCUCAGCCACCGCCUCGCCCUCAUCUGCCGGAGCCAUCACAGCAGCCUCGUCAAACUCCUCGGCGCUUCCGUCUCCGGCACCGUCAUCUUCCUCGUCUACGAAUUCGUCCCCGGCGCCAGUCUCGCCGACUGCCUCCGUAACCGCCGGAAUCCUAGCUUCACCGAUCUCGCCACGUGGACCUCGCGUAUGCAGAUCGCUUCCGACGUCGCGCACGGCCUCGAUUACAUCCACAAUUUCUCCGGUUCUAGUUCGGAUUGCGGUUCAGGUUUCGUUCACAAUCACAUCAAGAGCUCCAGCAUUGUUAUCACGGAGGAUAAUUUGCGCGGGAAAAUCUGCCACUUUGGCGCGUCGGAUCUCUGCGGCGAGGCUGUUUCUGGCUCCGGAGAGGAAUCCGGCGGGCGUAGGGUGAGGAUCGAGGGGACGAGAGGGUACAUGGCGCCCGAAUUUCAGGUCAGUGGCGUCGCGACGAAGAAGUGCGACGUGUACGCGUUCGGCGUGGUGGUUCUGGAGCUACUGAGCGGCGAAGAGGCAGUGAAAUUCGAAUUCAACGACGACGGCAGUUAUCUGAGGACGAGCGUGGUGGAUACGGCGAGAGUGGCGGCGGGGGAAUACGGCGGUGUGAGGAAGUGGGUGGAUAAGAGGCUGAGGGACUCUUUUCCGGUGAAUGUGGCGGAGAGGAUGAUUCGGCUGGGAUUGGACUGUGUCGGGAGUGACCCGGACGAGAGACCGGACAUGGAUCGGGUAUCGAUUGAGGUGUCAAAGUUGUAUCUGGAAUCGAAGGAGUGGGAUCAGAAAUUGGGAACCGAUAUUGACUUGUCCGUCUCGUUGGCCCCACGGUGA